UAAAUAUGAAUGCUACUGGUACCUGAGUACAACCACCAAUUCUCAUCAUCCGUCUUUUGAUGGACGCUUAGGUGUUUUCUCUUCUCCUCUUAGACCGUCUGGUAGAGCAAAAGACCAAUCCUUCGCUCUCUUUUGUUUUUAUCAUUGAAAUUCGCUAUUGGUAUUAGUUUCGGUUUCUUUUUUCCUCUUUUGGGCUGCCGGUGGCCCGGUGCGGUGGUGGUGGUGUUUUGCGGAGAGGAUUUUGACUUAUACUGGACUUUCUCGAGAAAAUUUUAGAUGGGAAGAAUGACGAGAAUGCCAGUGCAAUUAGCGCCUAUGGAAGUAAUAGGUUUGGUUGGGAACUGGUGGGACGAGAUCAAUGAUUCUACUCGGUGGCAAGAUGGGAUCUUUUACGCUCUUUGUGCUGCUUAUGCUCUUGUUUCCUCUGUUGCUCUGAUUCAAUUAAUACGGAUUGAAUUGAGAGUGCCUGAAUAUGGUUGGACAACUCAGAAAGUUUUCCACCUUAUGAACUUUAUUGUUAAUGGAGUGCGUGCAAUUGUUUUUGGAUUUCACAAGCAAGUAUUUAUUUUGCAUCCCAAGGUGCUAACAUUGGUAUUAUUGGAUCUUCCGGGACUCCUAUUUUUUUCAACGUACACUCUGCUUGUCUUAUUUUGGGCAGAGAUAUAUCACCAGGCAAGAAGUUUGCCGACAGAUAAGCUCAGAAUAUUUUAUAUUUCAGUCAAUGCUGGAAUCUACUUCAUACAGGUUGGCAUCUGGGUGUACCUCUGGGUAGAUGACAACAGCAUUGUGGAAUUCAUUGGGAAGAUAUUUAUUGGAGUGGUCUCAGUUAUAGCUGCAUUAGGUUUCUUGUUAUAUGGAGGACGAUUAUUUUUCAUGCUGAGACGCUUCCCUAUUGAGUCUAAAGGGAGAAGAAAGAAGCUCCAUGAGGUUGGAUCAGUUACGGCUAUAUGCUUUACAUGCUUCCUGAUUAGAUGCUUUGUGGUUCUUCUUUCUGCUUUUGAUACAGAUGCGUCACUUGAUGUUUUGGAUCAUCCGGUUUUGAACUUGAUAUAUUACAUGUUGGUUGAGAUUCUACCUUCAGCUCUAGUGCUCUACAUCUUGCGAAAGUUGCCUCCCAAGAGAAUAUCAGCACAAUACCACCCGAUACGUUAGUCGCAAUGCUUGUUUCUUCUGGUUUAGAAGUUGUUGAUACUGGAGUUGAGCAACGCGGAAGGGGCCAGAAAAACAAAUCCAGAAGUUGCACUCUGGUAUGGCUCACGAUGGUGGGCGAUUCUUUUUGCAUAUAUAUAUAACACAGCUAUUUGCAUCUUGUUGAAGGAAGGUAUUUGAAUUAAUUUCUUCUUGGGUUUUAUGGCUUGAGGAAUUGGUUGUUGGAUACCUUAAAUGCAGUUUAUUUAAUCAAAAUGUGGUGGAAGGGAAAUUUUCUGUAGUUUGUGGUAGUUCUCUCUCUCUCUCUUUUUAGGCUUCAAUCUAAUGUUGUAUUGCUUGCAGAAAGUUGAAAGAAACUAAAAUUUUCCCCUUUUUCCUCAUUCUUGCCCUUUAACGUCUGAUUUGCUGCUCUCUUUGCAGAGGUAAUUGGAUGUUUGGAUUAUUGUGUUUGAGACAAGGAAUCUUAUUUUAAAUUAAAAUUUGAUGCAGAUUUCUUGUGUA